ACAUAAAUAAAUAAGCUUACAUGGCAUGCACAGCUGGGCCUGGAACGCGGCUUAUCACCGUCUGCGGACAGCUAGCGAAUUAACAAUAGAAUACAUGUAUAAUCCGUAACGUGUUGGUAGUAUGGCCGAAACUGAAUCCGAAAUAACGCAAACACACUUGCAGUGGAGCCCGGGUGAAUGACGCGACGCGGUCGGUUGAAUGGCAAAGAGCGCCACAAAACAAGCAAACGAAAAAGAGGAAGAAAAAUAAAAGAAAUGUGACAAAUUUUGAGACAGCUGUUGCUGUGUGCUAUUCAAAAUAAUGAGGAUAAAACUAAUUUUGUCAACAUGUCUGACAUAAAUAUUGAAAACCCAAGUGACAGCAACAAACGCAUGCGUCUUGGUGUGUGUGAGGUUUGUGGCGGCAAAGAAGCAAUUUAUGCGUGUCCCAAAUGUGAGGUGAAAACCUGUGCAUUGGCCUGUGUGCAGAUCCAUAAGCGGGAACUCAAUUGUGAUGGCAUACGGGAUCGCACCAAGUAUAUGCCAUUGAGUGCCAUGACGGAGCGUGAAUUCCUCAGUGACUAUUGUUUCCUCGAGGAGUGCACACGUUAUGCGGAGAGUCGCAAGCGAGAUCAGAGCAAACGUUAUACACAACAACAACGGCAGCUGCCAGUGCCGCUUUAUCGCAUGCGACAGGAGGCAUUCAAAAGGAAUAUACGCCUGCAAUUUCUGCUGCCGCAUUUCACUCGCCACAAGCAGAAUACCACAUAUUUGAAUUGGAAACUGCAGCGUUUCUUUUGGCACAUUGAAUGGUUGUUUACACAUGUGGACAACGCGACAACAACAGCAACAACAACUCGCUUUGUGGACACACGUUGCAAUGAGCAGGAAACGCUGUCUACACUGUUAAACAAAUACUUGGAUCUGCAGCUGGAGACGGCGCUGCAGCAGCGCAAAGUGUUGCAGCAACAUCAACGUGCCGGCAUUGGUCAGUUGACGCUGUGGCUGCGUGCCGAGGGCGUCCGACGCAGUGGCUCACGUUGUUAUGCUCUCAAGGCACACAAAUCCUUACGUGAGAAUCUCGCUGGCAAAACCAUCAUUGAAUUUCCCACUAUCUAUGUUAGCUACGAGCAGCGUCCGCCAACUGGCUACGAUGUUAUAGACAGUGAUGAAGAAACUGAUGAUGUUGCUGAUGUUACAGCUGCAACUGCAAUUGCUGCUGUGUCCAAGUCGGAGCAGAAACAACAACCAGCUGCCAAGAAAAGCAAAUCCACAACUGCCAAGUCAAAGGAAUUGCCCGUAUUGCAUAAUCUUUACGAUUUAGCAGCCAGUUUUGGUGCAGCCGAAGAUGAGGAGGAGGAAGACGAUGAUGACAAUGAUGACAACGAUGAUGAGGAUGAUGAGGAUGAAUCUGAGGCAAACAGCGAUGAGUUGCCCAGUGAGAGUGAAGAGCCACUAAAUACCUGUACAUAUUAAGAUACUAUUAUUUAAGCAGCAAAGUUAUAAGAAACAUUGUAAAUUAAACCAACCAAAAAACAACCUUAAAUGUAUCGGUUUUGGUUGGCUUAGAUUUCUGUGGCAUCUAUGAUUGUAAACCCUUAAGAAAACUCCUUAUAGACGCUUUCAGACCACAAUUUAUCACAUUUACUGCCUUUGUACUUUCUUGUACACUUCAUAAAUUUGUUUCCAAGUAAAUAUUAAAUUAAAGUUGUCAAUUUGUCUAAUUACAAAUUUAAUUUGAAUGAAUUGAAUUUUAUUUAAUUGAAUUUGAAUGUGUGAUAGUCAUAAGUAUAUAAGUGUAAGAAUUAUCAUUUGUUGACCUUUUCAAAUAACUUAAAGGCAGAAAUUGAAUAAAAAUUAAAUCAUUUUGCCAGCUACAAACAUA